GGAAGCGAUCCGACGGCAGAUCGGUUUCCAUCGACAGCCGUGAUGCGUUCACUCGUCCCCCGCCGCCACUCCUACCGCAGUCUGCUACCACUCCUCUCCUGCACCGCUCUUGCCCUCCUUCUAACCCUAAUUCUAUAAGCCCCGAUCCGGACAAGCUUUGGAUCAGGCUCCGUCCCUUUUCCUUCUCUGAUCCCCGACAUGGAGGAAAGGCCGUAGCUAUAGGUUCCGGGCCUGAGCUCGAGCCGCCACCGCCCGGUGAGGCGGAGAUGAGGGCGACGGAGAGUGAGGUUGGUGAAAAGGAAGAGGCCGAGCUGGCGGAGCUCCACCUCCCGGCCGAGAUUGAUUGGCAUAUGCUGGACAAAUCGCGCUUCUUCGUCCUCGGCGCCGCGCUCUUCUCCGCCGUCUCUGCCGCGCUCUACCCGGCCGUCGUCCUCAAGACCCGUCUCCAGGUCUGCCACCCCGCGCCGCCCUCCGCCUGGUCAGCCGGUGUCGACAUCCUCCGCCGCGAAGGCCCCGCCAGCUUCUACCGCGGCUACUGUACCUCCCUCGCUGGAACCGUUCCCGCCCGCACCCUUUACAUGGGCGCGCUCGAGAUCACCAAGAGCGCCGUCGGUACUGUCACAGUCCGCUUCGGCGUCUCCGAGCCUACUGCUUCGACCGUGGCCAGCGCCGCGGCCGGCCUGAGUGCUGCCGUUGCGGCGCAGGUGGUCUGGACCCCGAUUGACGUCGUCAGCCAGCGGCUGAUGGUGCAAGGGCGCCAUGUGUCUACGUCUAAGUACCUCGGCGGGAUUGACGCCUUCCGAAAGAUUGUAGCGGGCGAGGGGAUUCGGGGGCUUUACAGGGGUUUCGGCAUGUCUAUAUUAACCUAUGCACCUUCAAAUGCUGUUUGGUGGGCGUCCUACUCUGUGUCUCAGAAGCUAGUCUGGAGCGGAAUCGGUUACUACCUGUGCCGGCUACGGUUAGGCGUUGAGGAGCAAGAGUUUGGAAGUAGCAGUACAGGUGCCUUCAAGCCAGAAUCCAGGACGGUGGUCGUGGUGCAAGGAUUAAGCGCUGCACUGGCAGGUGGAGCAGCUGCUCUGUUGACAAUGCCUCUGGAUACGAUUAAGACAAGGUUACAGGUAAUGGAAGCUGGUGAAGGACCGAUCACCAUACGGCAAACGCUAAGGAACCUGAUAAAAGAGGGAGGGUGGAGUGCAUGUUAUCGAGGAUUAGGGCCAAGAUGGGCUUCCAUGUCGAUGUCUGCGACCACCAUGAUUACUACGUAUGAGUUCCUGAAGCGGCUAUCUGCAAAGAAGCAGGAGGAUUAACCAUGAUGAUAGGUAUAUACAAAUAAUUGUUUUUUUAAAAUUUUUUUUUUUUAGUUGUAGUUGUUUUCUUUUGUAUCUUCAGUUUUCUUUGAUGCUUAAAGGGGGAAAAAAAAAAGAAAAAAGAUACACAAUUUGUGCAGAGAGCUUGCAUGGAAUCAUCUAGUAGUGUUUGGCUCAAAUGGAUUGUGAUCCAUGGGUUCACUUUGGCUAGUUAUCAUGAAGAAGUUUGGGUGCAUGAAUGUUUGUAGGAUUGAAUAAAUCGUGCUUUGUGAU